UCCCUGGUCGGGGAACUAAAAUCCCGCAAGCCACGCUGAGUGCCGCGUAGGCCAGUUAGCACAUGAAAAGAUGCACUGGUCAGGAGGGAAGUGAAAGUCAAAACUACAAAGAGAGCGACCUCACACCUUUUGGGAUGGCUGCUAUCAAAGCAAAACAAAACCAAACCCAGAAAAUAGCAAGUGCUGGUGAGGCUGUGGAGAAAUUGGAACCCUUGUUGGUGGGAAUGUAAAGUGGUACAGCCACUUCGGAAGACAGUAUGGCAGCUCCUCAAAAAAGUAAAAAUAGAGCUACCAUACGGUCCAGCAACUUCACUUCUGGGUAUAACCAAAAGAAUUAAAAGCAAGGUCUGGAAGAGAUAUUUGUACACCCACGUUCAUAGCAUUAUUCACAGGAGCUAAAAUGUAAAAGCAACCCCAGUGUCCACCAGUGGAUAAAUAGAUAAGCAAAACAUGGUCUGUACAUACAGUGGGACAUUACUCAGCCUUAAAAAGCAGGGGAGGGACUUCCUUGGUGGUCCAGUGGGUAAGAGUCCACGCUCCCAGUGUAGGGGGCCCGGGUGUGAUCCCUGGUUGGGGAACUAGAUCCUGCACGUGUGCCGCAACUAAAGAUCCCCUGUGCUGCAACUAAGACCUGAUGCAGCCAAAGUAAAUAAAUAAAUACAUAUAUAAAAAAAUUGGACUUCCCUGGUGGUGCAGUGGUUAAGAAUCCACCUGCCAAUGCAGGGGACACGGGUUUGAUCCCUGGUCCGGGAAGAUCCCACAAGUCGCGGAGCGACUAAGCCCGCGUGCCGCAACUACUGAAUCCCACGCACCUAGAGCCCGUGCUCCGCAACAAGAGAAGCCACCGCAGUGAGAAGCCUGCGCACCGCAACCAAGAGUAGCCCCCGCUCGCCGCCAACUGGAGAAAGCCCACACACAGCAAUGAGGACCCAAUGCAGCCAAAAAUAAAAUUAAAACAAAACAAAGCAAAAUAAAUUUAAAAAAAAGGAAGGGGAUUCUGACAACUGCUAUCACGUGGAUGAACCUUGAGGACAUUAGGUUAAGUGAAAUAAGCCAGUUACACAAAUACUCUGUGAUUCCACUUACCUGAGAUGCUUAGAAUAGUCAGUUCAUAGAAAUGAAAAGUCGAAUGGUGGUGGCCAGGGGCUGAGAUGGGGGGACAGUGGGGAGUUAUGUUUAAUGGGGACAGAGGUUCAGUUUUACAAGGUGGAAAGAAAUAUGGAGCCGGAUGGUAGUGAUGGUUGCGUGACAUUAUGAAUGUAUUUAAUACCAUUGAACUCUACAGUUAAAGAGAUUAAGAGGAUAAAUUUUAUGUUAUGUGCAUUUUAUUUAAAAAAACUUAACAAAAUCAGUUGGGUACAUUUGUGUGGGUUCUCUGUUCUGUUCCAUUGUAUAAUAAGUCUUGAAACUGGGUAGACUGAUUCCUCUUUAUUCUUUUUCAAAAUUAUUUUAGCUAUUCUGGUUCCUUUGUCUUUCAUAUACAUUUUAGAAUAGUAUUGUCUGUAUCUGUAAAACCUCUUGCUGAGAUUUCAAUAAGAAUUGUGUUAAGCUUGUAGAUCGGUUUUGGGGGAAAUGACAUCCUAUGCGGAGCCUUCUGGUCAUGAACAUGACAUGUCUCUCCGUUUGUUUAGAUCGUCUGUGAUUUUCUCAACAGCAUGUUGUGUUUCAGCAUAUAGGUCCUGUACAUGUUUUGUUAGAUUUAUACCUACAAAUUUCAUUUUAUUGAGCAAUUGUAAAUUGUAUUGCUUUUAAUUUCAGUGUCCAUACGUUCACUGCUAGCUUAUAGAAAUACAACUGAUUUUUGUAUGUUUAUCUUGUAUUCUGAGACCUUGCUGAACUCACUUAAUAGUUCUAGAAGUUUUUUGUAGACUCCUUGGGAUUUUCUCGGCAGAUAGUCGUGUCACCUGCAGCAAGGGACUGUUUUACUUUUCCCUUUCUGAUCCCUGUGGCUUUUGUUUCCUUUCCAUGCCUUCUGCAUGGGCUGGAACUUCCAGCAUGUUGCUAAAUAAAAAGUAAGAUUGCUGUCCUGAUUUUCCUGAUCUCAGGAGGGGACACUCAGCCUUCACCUGAGGAUGAUGUUAGUGUUGGUUUUUAAAAAUAGAUGCUCUUUGAUGAAACAGGAAGACAUUUUUCCAAAGGACAUGCAAAUGGCCGACAGACACAUGAAUCGAUGUUCAACAUCGCUAAUCAUCAGGGAAAUGCACAUCAAAACCGCGAGCUAUCACCUCACACCUGCCAGAAUGCCGGGCAUCAAGAAGAUGAAAGGACCCCCAUCCGCCCCUUCGCGUAUAAGUCAGGCCACACAGGAGCUGGACCUGCCCAGCCCCCUCCAAAGACGUGGAUUUGGCAUGUGUUUGUUGCCUUAAAUGACACUCCUGUGAGCCGAGGGAGUUUGGGGCCUCACCACCGGUUAGGUCUCGACACGCAGCAGACGAGUACUUUAUGCUUUUGGAGUGAAACCUAUAUGGAAAAACUGCAAAAUAUGCCAGCCUGUACUUAGUCCUGUCCGUGUGAUACCAGGAAGCUGUUUGCAGAUAAUACCGCAGCCCCAGCCUGAGUUGCCGGGCAGUCUGACAGCCAGGCCUCUUGCCCGACGUGUGGGACCGCGGCCCGAAAACAGCAGCCUGGUCUGGCGCACGCCUCAGGAGUCAACGUGCUGCAAGGCUCACCAUGAAGCAGGCUCUGGCUCUCAUUGGCCUGGCCUUCCUGUCGGUGCUCCGGGCUGGGGGCGCUCAGCAGACGGUGGACGACACCUGCUCCGUGCAGAUUCUCGUCCCCGGCCUCAAAGGGGAUGCCGGAGAGAAGGGGGACAAAGGCGCACCAGGACGGCCUGGAAGAGUUGGCCCCACGGGAGAGAAAGGAGACGUGGGUGACAAAGGACAGAAAGGCGGCGUGGGGCGCCAUGGAAAAAUCGGUCCCAUUGGUUCUAAAGGUGAGAAAGGAGAUUCUGGUGACAUAGGACCCCCUGGCCCUAAUGGAGAACCAGGCAUCCCGUGUGAGUGCGGCCAGCUGAGGAAGGCCGUCGGGGAGACAGACAACCAGGUCGCGCAGAUCACAGCGGAGCUGAAGUUCAUCAAACACGCCGUCGCCGGCGUGCGCGAGACGGAGCAGAAGAUCUACCUGCUGGUGAAGGAGGAGAAGCGGUACGUGGAUGCACAGCUGGCCUGCCAGGGCCGGGGCGGCACGCUGGGCAUGCCCAAGGAUGAGGCCGCCAACGGGCUGCUGGCCGCCUACAUCGCGCAGGCCGGCCUGGCCCGCGUCUUCAUCGGCAUCAACGACCUGGAGCGGGAGGGCACCUUUGUCUACGCGGACCGCUCGCCCAUGCAGACCUUCAGCCAGUGGCGCAGCGGGGAGCCCAACAACGCCUAUGACGACGAGGAUUGCGUGGAGCUGGUGGCUUCCGGGGGCUGGAACGACGUGGCCUGCCACCUCACCAUGCACUUCCUCUGCGAGUUCGACAAGGAGCACGUGUAGCGGCGGCCCUGCAGCUCCAGCAUCGGCGGCCCCUCCGCCACCGGGUGGCUGCCGGCUGCCACCACGGGUGGGAGGCUCUGCCCGCCACGUGGUCCCCAAGCAGGAGUGCGGGGUCCCCGGUAAAGGCUCCUUUUCUGAAUCUUAGAGAAUGGUGCAUGCUUGGGCAAAAAAGAAGAAAAAAAAAAAACGUGUUUCUGGGUAUUAUGUCUGAAGAACUAGAGUUUUAUUAUUUGUAGUGUAGACAAAAUGUUCGUUAUGUAAUUAUUACUCAGAAUCGCUCUUGGCUUUGUGCAAAGUAUGAAACGAGAUCUUUAAAUGUUGUAACAGUUAAGUACAAACAAUGGUAGAGGGGUCUUAAAUGACUACCUUCCUUUUAAUUUCUAUAUGGAAAAGAAUCCUCUUAGCUUAGAUCAAUGCUUCUGUAAAAGUAGAAACAAUUUUGCUUUGCUGCAGAUUUCAGGAAAAAGAAAAGUAAA